AUGAAUAACGCCCCCGACGAAAUCAUCGCCAAGCGCGAUCGCCUGCUGGAAUUGCUGCGGGGUUUUGAAAGCUGCGCGGUGGCGUUUUCUGGCGGGAUCGACAGCACGGUGGUGGCAAAAGCCGCACAGGUUGCGCUUGGCGAUCGGGCGGUGGCAGUCACGGGGGUGAGCCAUAGCCUGGCUGACGGUGAGCUGAGCGAGGCCCAGGAAAUGGCCCGACUGAUCGGCAUUCGUCACGAGGUGGUGGAGACCGAAGAAUUCAACAAGCCAGAGUAUCGCCGCAACGCGCCGGAUCGGUGUUACCACUGCAAGUCGGAACUGUAUACGCAACUCGACGGGCUCGCUCCCCGGCUGGGUGUGGCCGUGGUGGUGAACGGGGCGAAUCUCGACGACCGUGGCGAUCAUCGCCCAGGGAUGACCGCCGCCGAUGAACAUGCGGUGCGAAGUCCGCUUCUAGAAUGCGGGCUGAACAAGGCCGACGUUCGAGCGCUGGCCUUGCACUGGGAUUUACCCACUUGGGAUAAACCGGCCGCACCGUGUCUCAGUAGCCGUAUCGCUUAUGGUGAGGAAGUAACUCGCGAGCGAUUGGGGAUGAUCGACAAGGCCGAGCAGUAUCUUCGCUCUCAAGGUCUCCGCGAAUUACGCGUGCGUUACCACCGCGGCGACUUGGCUCGCAUCGAAGUACCGGCGGCCGCACUAGAAAAGCUCUGCCAGGCGGAAGUCCGCGAGUCGCUGGCCGCCCAUCUCAAGCAACUCGGCUUUCGCUACAUCACUCUCGACCUGGAAGGCUUCCGCUCAGGCAACCUGAACGACAUGGUGCCGGUGGAGAGUCUGAAGGUUGAGGCUUUGAAUAAACUUCCAAUCCUCCGACCGAAAGUGGCAUCGUCGAUGAUGAAGGCAUUCACUCUUGCUACGGCACUCUUUGCUUCUCUAUUGGCAAUCGAUUGUGUCGCUCGCGAACCCAAAGAGAACGAUCGUGAUGUCAUCUACGAUGAGGCGAGAGUUCCUCACUACGAUUUGCCUGAGCUGCUUGUGACCGCCGAAGGUGCUCCGGUCACUACGGCCGAACUAUGGACAGACGUCCGUCGACCUCAGAUUCUCUCUUUGUUUAGUAACUUGAUUUAUGGGCGAGUUCCGAGCCCGGACAGCCCACUGAAGACCGAGUACGAAGUAUUGGAGACCGAGCCAGACUUUAUGGACGGAAAAGCAACUCGACAACGAGUUCGAAUCCGCUUCAGUAACGACCGUGGCGAAGCGGAAAUGGUUAUUGCCGUGUUUGUGCCUAACGACUUGACCACUGCCGCUCCCGCUUUCAUGAAGCAUAGCUUCAACGAUACGAAGUCGAAGGAUUUCGACGCCCAUCCAGAAAAGCCAGGGCUACUCCGAAACGGCUGGCCUUUGGGAGAAUUCUUUUAUCGCGGUUAUGCCUUUGUGGCUGUGUAUCAGCAGGAUUUGGUGGGGCACAACGAAGUUAGCUUUAACCGAGGCAUACAUCCGCUGUUCUAUACCGAGGGACAAAGUUUCCCCAAAGCUAGUGAGUGGGGAGUUCUCACUGCGGUGGCGUGGGGAGCUAUGCGAGCCAUGGAUUACCUGGAAACUCGCGAAGACAUCGACCACACCCGCGUGGCGAUUAUGGGGCACUCGAAGAUGGGGAAAGCCACAGUGUGGACGGCCGCUCAAGAUGAGCGUUUCGCCAUGGCGAUUUCGGCUCAGUCCGGGUGUGCAGGAGCCGCUUUAUGGCGUCGCCGGUCGGGCGAGACCCUAGCGAAGAUGGUUACGCGGUUUCCCUAUUGGUUAUGUCGCAAUGCCUGGAAAUUCGUCAAUCAGGAAGAUGAUCUUCCGGUUGAUCAGCACAUGUUGCUGGCAUUGAUCGCACCGCGCCCCGUCUACGUGGCAAGCGGCGUCGACGACACCUGGGCCGAUGGAGGGUUUGACUUCUGA